AUGGUGGCCCGCGAGUACGCCAAGUUGCUGCGCAACGUGAAGGCUGACCGCAUCGUCGGCCUGCCGUACGCGGCGCUGCCCAUCGCAACGGCGAUCUCGCUCGAGAUGAACAUCCCGCUUAUUUACCCGCGCCGUGAGGCGAAAGCGUACGGCACGAUGGCCGCGAUUGAGGGCGACUACAAAAAGGGCGACCGCGUCGUCAUCAUCGACGAUCUCGUCACAACAGGCGAGACAAAGGUGGAGGCGAUUGAGAAGCUCAAAGCGGCGGGGCUGGAGAUUGUCUCGAUCGUCGUGCUCAUUGACCGCGAGAUGGGCGCGAAGAAGUUCCUCGGCAAGCUUGGCUACGAGUUUGAGGCAGUCGUCACGCUGUCGCAACUUCUGCCGCUGUGGCGCCAGUCGGGCUCCAUCACGCACCAGCAGAUGAUCGACGUGCAGACGUUCAUGGAGGAAACGAGCAGCAAGCUUUGA